GCUCUCAAUCUCAGAACAGUACACACACUCUCUCUCUCUUCUUCUUCUAUAACAAUAAUAGAAGAGAAAUAACCAUCUUACUCUAUCUAUAAUCUAUCCCUCUCUAUUUCCACAAAUCAAGUGGGUACAUUUGUGUAUUUGCAUUCCUUUCAUGGCUGUUCUGUUUCUCUAUCUUCUCAGCCUCCUCAUGGCUGGCUAUUGUAGUGCCACAUGGUGUGUGUGCAAAACAGGGCUGAGUGACUCAGUGCUACAAAGGACACUAGACUACGCAUGUGGAAAUGGAGCUGACUGUAACCCAACUCACCCAAAAGGGUCUUGCUUCAACCCUGACAAUGUUAGAGCUCAUUGUAGCUAUGCUGUCAAUAGCUUCUUUCAGAAGAAAAGUCAAGCUUCUGAGUCUUGUAAUUUCACUGGUACCGCCACUCCUACAACCACUGAUCCCAGCUAUUCAGGAUGUCCAUUCCCUUCUAGUGUUAGUGGCACUGGAGGUGGUGGCAGCACCACUGGAGGUGGUGGCAGCACCACUGGAAGUGGUGGCAGCACCACUGGCGGUGGUAGCAGCAGCACCAAGACGCCAGGCAAAAGCAGUCCAAAAGGAAACAGCCCUAUCACAACAUUUCCCGGUGGAAACAGUCCAUUCACUGGCACACCAACCACCGGACUGCUAGGAGGCAAUAUCACUGAUGCUACCGGAACCGGGUUAAACCCGGAUUACUCAAACGAAAGCACCGGUUUCGUGUUCCGUAAUUCCAACACCUUGUUCCUCUGCUUGUGUUCUGUCUUGAUAAUGAUCUGAAGAUGAUGAAUGGUCUUUCUCUCUAGUUUACUAUCAAAAUAUGUUAUGUUCUUGCUUUAUUUUGGACUUCUGUUCAUGCUUAUCAAUUUUAAGGAAAACAAUUAACAAUGUAAAACUGAAUCGUCUCGGGACGAAUUUGGUUUCUAUUUAAUAUCUUUAAAUCUUAAGCAACAA